CAAAACCCUACUAAGUGAAGUUGCGGAAAAAUAAGGGUUUAUACUAACUCUUCACAGUCAGUGACCUCUACCGAGCGAUUUCAAUUUCAAUUCCAAUUCCGCGGCCUCCAUAAUUCAAUAUGCCAAAAUCCAAGAGAAACAAACAAGUUACACUUUCAAAGACAAAGAAAAAAGGAAGAGAUCACAAAGAAGUGAUAGUGAACGCAAUAAGAGAAGCAGCUGAAAAGUACACUUCAGUUUACGUGUUUUCUUUUGAGAACAUGCGGAAUCAGAAAUUGAAAGAUUUUAGGGAAACAUUGAAAUCAAGUAGCAGGUUUUUUCUAGGUUCCAACAAAGUUAUGCAAGUUGCCCUUGGUCGUUCUGCUUCCGACGAAAUCAAACCUGGUCUUUACAAGGUUUCAAAGCUAUUGCGUGGAGAUGCUGGAAUGGUUUUUACGAAUUUGCCUAAAGAAGAAGUUGAAAGGCUGUUUAAUGGAUUUGAGGAAUAUGACUUUGCAAGAACAGGAGGCAUUUCCACUGAAAAGGUGGAGCUCAAGGAGGGUCCUUUAGAGCAGUUCACACAUGAGAUGGAACCUUUUCUCCGGAAGCAAGGCAUGCCUGUUCGGUUAAAUAAAGGAGUUGUUGAGCUUGUUUCCGACUUCGUUGUUUGUGAGGAGGGAAAACCUUUGUCACCUGAAGCAUCUCGCAUACUGCGUUUGAUGGGAAUCAAGAUGGCAACAUUUAAACUACACCUGAUUUGCAGGUGGGGAUCUGAUGAUUUUGAACUCUACAUUGACGGGCCUGGUGAUUCAGAUAUUGAAUGCUCAUAGAAAGUUUAAGAUUACAAGAUAUGGCAAGGAUGUAGUUUACACUGGACCUUGAUAUACUGAUAAAGUAUGCAAGUGUUUGAGUUAUUCAGAUUAUGUAUUUUUAGUAGAGUUGAUGAAUGUGAGAUUUUUGUGAACUGGAUAUAUUUUUGCGACUGAUAUUCAAUUUAUAUGUCAAAUUUAAAGUCUUGUUUCAAA